GCUUUGAAAAUUCAAAACAUCACGAGACACGUGCUUUUAACCUCAGUUUUGUGCCGGCGUGUAUGAAGUGAUGUAAGGAUUAUCAUGGCAGACAAAGAACAGUUUGAUGAAUUUUUGGGAGGAUCCCAAUCACUUCCACACGAAGUGCCAAUUAUGAACUUCGUCGCUUCAAGAAUUCAGGAAAUGUCUGCAAUGAUACAUUCAAUAGAGAAUCCUAAGCAGAACAAGCUGGUGUUUCAAAAGCUUCCUGUCUACAUGCGUAGGCGUGUCAUGUCUCACAACGUCAAGAGACUACCGCGUAGGCUGCGAGAGGCACAUUUGGCGCAGAUGAGAAAAUCAACAAAUGACACAAAUGUCCCGUCGACGAGCAAACGGCCGUGUCGGAAGUACCGUCGCAGACCGACUAAUCUUCUCUCAGAGUACAAUCGUAGGCAGCGCGAUAAGGUUUGGUUGGAGACCCACAUCUGGCACGCGAAGCGUUUCCAUAUGAUCGAUACAUGGGGAUACAGACUCCCAAAUUAUCCAAAUGACAAGUGUUUCCGAGCUAAUUAUCGUGCGGUUACGCAACACUGCCUGCUGCAAGACAUUUCCUACUACACCUGCGUCGAGAUAACAGGACAGGAGAAUCUGCUGACGACAACUCUUGACAUGCACUGUGAUCCAUCGAAGUCAACAUUUGCAGCGAAAAACUACAUUAAAGGUAGGAGAGAGGGUACCCUGAUGUUCUUCAAGAAGAACGGCUGUCCACAUUCUCCUAUUGGUCACGUGCACUUUUUGUGGAAACCGAGCGAGUUGGAACUUAGGACUAUUUGGAUCUGGGUACAUCCCUCUUUUUACGAUGAGUUUCAUGCUGAAAUUAUAUCGAAUUUUGAAUUUAAACUGGACAAUGCUGAGUGUGAUACAACUCAGCUUACAAAUGAUGAUGAUCUUUACACGAAUGUUGAAGGUUGCAAAAUGAUGAUAUUGAGAUAUGCGUUAAAUAGAUUUCGAUUGCACGGUCCAUCAAUUCUCAGCGUACUGACGGAAGCGUUACAUCUACCAUCCUCAACUGAAUCAGGUUUCCGUUCGGAAAUGGAUUGCGCUGUGACGAAAGAACAAGAUUUAACCAUCACGACAUCAGUAGACAAGAAUGUCCUGCAAUCUGUAGAAGAGAUGGCGAUUGGUGAGGAGGAUUCGAAAGAUUCGAAGAAGAUCGAAGAUGAAGAAGUGCUUUCCAAAGGUGAUUUGAACACCCAGGAAUCCUGUGACAAACAGUGGCACAUUAAAUAUUAUGAAAAUCAAGAGAACAUGGAGGCCUUUAAGACACAGCGACGAGUGUGGGAAACAUUGAAAUCUGUAGCAUCGAAGGCUCAGGCACCAAGUGAGCGGGAGGCUUCAACAUUUGACAUGAUUAUGGGAAUAACUGUUCUGGAUCCACGUUUCUAUUUACCCGACAAGAGGACGAAGUCGGAAAGGGAAAAUGAGGCAGAAAAGAACGUAACAUCUUGGAACUUCAGGGUGGUUGAUCAAGUCCCUAAUAUGAACUGUUCCCCCAUCUGGGAUGCACAGAUACGCCGUACCGUAAGCGAUUCUUGCAUGUCUACUAGCGAGAUCAACGAGCUCAGAGGCAAAUGCGUCGUACCUGGCGUAUCGAAUGAUAGAUAUUUCGAUGAGAGCGUCAUGGCGAAGGUACCUAUACUUCUUAUUCAGAAGGAGUCUGGAGGAAGCAUUACAGGCUUGGGUUCCUGCACGGAUAUCAUCCUACCGAGCAAAUGGGCAAUGCCGUUUUGGCUCGCGCUUGUAAUGCGAGGUGCUCGUGUCGGUGCGCUUCGAGAAUCAAAGUCGAUAGCGUUCGAAAGUGUGUGUUCGAUACCAAGCAUGCCCGAUAUCAACGAGCCUGGCAGUCUCGCUUAUGCGAAAGAAGCAGCGCGUACGAGGGGGGAAUUAACUAGGAGGUAUUUCUCUUACCCGCCGAACAGAAGAGCCAAUUUCACGAAGUUUGGGAUCUCUACGCCGUUCCACUGUGACUGGAAGAUUUUGACAAACGAUUGGUCGAGUGUUAAAGAUUUUUAUAUUUUGCGCGAUCGUGAACUCUUGGUGUUCUUACAAAAUAGCAUCUGUCCUAAAAAAUACCGUAAAAAUGCAGCUGUCCAAGAUGCGGAAUCUAAUUUCGAAAAUUUCGAAAACUAUCAGAAUUGCUUGAUUCGUGUUCACGUAUCAAUGCUGGGAAAAGGAGUGGCGAAGGAGUUCGCGAUCGUAUGCAUGCCGACGUCCGAUGAUUUGGAAAAAUAUGAGAGUAACAGGAAUUGGGAAGGACCUGAGGAGAGAUGUCACGUUGAUCCGAAUGAGAAGUCUCGCAAAGAAUUGCAGAAGGAUCACUUGCAGACGCUGAAACGAUUAAGGCGACAGCGAGUGCGUCGUAAGAAAGCUCUGAAAGACACAAUAAUGAAGGUAUCACCAGAGUCUCGUAGUGAACUGUUCGAUAAUUAUGCCGAGUACGUUGACACGAGUGAUUUGUUACACCGCGACGCCCUCGUGUUCAGUCAAAGGGAAAAGAUGUCGGAAUUGUAUUUACCUGACUGCACAGAAGUGCGUUAUUCCUGUGACAGAGAGGUCAUGGGAUACUUGACAAUAGGUGACUUUUCAUUCAGGCAGGCAAAAGGCAUUGGCAUUGGUUACGUCACGGUGCCUUCAUUAAUUGUACUGGCAAGGAAAAAGUCGAAUAUCGUUCUUGUGAGGGAUACUCGGACGCGACAAUAUAGAUUAGCCAAGUUAGAGAUAUUAGGCCUUUAUUGCUAAAUGAUAUUACAUAUGUAUAAUAUCAUUUGUUAUAUAUUGAGUAUCCCUGAACGAUAUUAGACUUUUAUUAUUUAAUGCGUGUACGAAAUAGUGUAUUAUAUAUUUUUCAUUUACUCGGAGAGAAAUAUUUUUCAAAACAUACAUGUGCAGUGCAAUUAUCGCAUACAGAAUAAAUUUCAUUAGGAUCCAUAAUGAAAACUUAAAAUGAACUUAAAGUGAGGAACAAGGAAAUUUUUUGCUGAUUAUAUCUGAUUAGAUCGUUAUAUAAUAUACACGUAAUACGAUAUCUUUAUUUUAUUGAAAAUCGUUCUGGUCAGGAAAGUAUAAGUAAUUAAAUAAAUGACUGAUAUUCACGCAUAAUUGAUUUUUAUUGAUGCUUCAGAGUAUUGAACACACAGAUACCAAAGUUCCUUGUAGAUAACAUUUGGUUUUUACUUUUUUCUAUAAAAUCAUACAAAAUUCUGUAAUAAAUGUUGCGUGCGAAGGAAAAUGUGCAGUUCUCAUUAUUAAUAAAUAAUGAUCGAAGUAAGAGGCACAGAUGACUUGUAUAGCAAUAUUGUAGUUCCAUUCAUCGGCGAGAUCUGCAAGAAAAUGCGUUAUGUAGAUGGGCCUUAAAAAUAUCACAUACAGUCUUUUUUUUAAACUAAUAUGUUCAAGAGUUACAUUGAAAAAAA